AUGAUAGCUUACAUAAAAACAUCUAUUUUUAAUGAAGGACCUAUAUUUAUAUUUUUGGAUCUUAUUGAACUUUUUACUCAGAAUGCAGAAAACAUUGUAAAUCAAUUAAUGAAAUGUCUUCAUGCAUGUGGAUUUAAUGACAAUUUUCUAAGAGGAAAUUGGAUUUUUUUUGUUAAUGAUGGUGCUAGCGUAUUGCUUGGGAAAAAAAAUGGAUAUUUACCCUCUCAUUGGCAUUGUCUAAAUCAUAGACGAGAAUUAGCUGUUAAUGAUUCUGUCAAUGAUAUCACAUUAACAAAUCAUUUUAAAGCAUUUUUAGAUAGCUUAUAUGCAUUGUACAACAGAUUUCCCAAGAAUCAAAAUGAAUUGAAAAAGGAAUGUGCAGAAUUAGAUGUUUUGUUUUUAAAAUCGAGUAUUAACUGGUCGCUGGGUUGCCAGUUGUUUCCAAGAGCAGUCCAAGUUAUUUGGAAAAUUUAUCCGGCUUUAUGUAAACAUUUAAGUACAGCUUCAAAAGAUGAUUCUAGAGAUACAAAAACAAGGUCCAAGUAUUUAGGACUAUGUAAACAUUUAGAAAGUAUUGAAUUUAGCAUUGAUGUGUGA